UUUGGCGUCCAUCAUUCUGCUGGACAUCCCUCUGGAUUCAUCGUCCACGAGUUGCUGGCUGUUCGACUGAUUGCAAAUCCAAGAAUAAUCAAAUGCACUCAUCUCUCUGGCUCAUCGCCCCAAGCGACGACCAUGCUUUCAACAAGUCUCUGAAAGAGCUUAUUGGGAGCACUCUGCCGUCUGACUUCCCCCAUGCACCCAAGAACAAUUUCAUCCCGCACGUCACGAUCACGUCCGACGUUGAUCCCUCGAAGACCUAUGGUUCGAAGCCGCAGGAGUGGCUCGACAGCCUCGCCCUGCCCGAAUUCAAGCGCGAGGCGAACGAAGUCAUCAUCGAGCUUGAAGAACUAGAAGCCGGCGAGCCAUUCUUCAAGAAGAUCACUCUGCGAGCCAAGAAGGAUGCGAACUUUGUCGAAUUGGCCGCCAAGUGUAGACAGCAAGGCCUGAACUUGUCUGAAAGCGAGGCGCAGAAAUGGGCGGAGAAUGAGUACCUUCCGCAUCUGAGCUUGUUCUACGGCGACAUUCCCAAGGACGAGGUGCAGAAGAAAAUCGGGCUUAUUGAGUUGCAGUUGGGCUUUGAGCUGGGCAGUCUGUUCGAUUGCUGUGGUGGGACGCUGGCGAUGGGUGCGAAGUUGGUGCUCGUGGAUACGAGCAGGGCAAUCGAGGAGUGGAAGCCGAUUGCGGAACGAGAGUGUCCUUGGGUCAUGUGGAGGAUGGCAAAAGGUCUUCUAUGACCGCUGCGAUCAAUCAAGAGCUUGCGCUCCAUGGUGUUCUGCGUAUGUAAUACUCCAGUUUGCAUAGGAUCCUGUUCAUAAGCGGCGCUGUUGAAGUGCUCCACACGUAUGUGAAGAACAUGAUCUACGUAGUCGUUUCCCACAUCUUUAACAGGAAUGUCGAAUGAGAACAUGGUGAGUUAGAG